CCCCGUGGCAUCCUGGGACAUGUAGUCUUUCGGGGGCGCAGCUGCUCCACCAAGUCUCCUCCCCCAAGAGCCCCACGCUGCCUUUCGCCCUCGGGACGUCGUGACGUUGCCUCCUCCGGUCCCUUGCCUUUUUCUUUCCCUUUGGAGAAGCUCAGUCCCGGACUUCGAAGACUUUUUACGACAUUGGGUCUCAGAGUCGGUCUUAGCGCCAGGUCCACUUUUCGGCAAAGUGACGUGGACGUCAACAGCAAUGGCGGAAGGAGAGGAGGUUCUGCUACCGCCAACGUCGAGCGGCGACGGCUGGGAAAAAGAUCUUGAAGAAGCUCUGGAAGCAGGAGGUUGUGAUCUUGAAACUUUGAGAAAUAUCAUUCAAGGGAGACCACUGCCUGCUGAUCUGAGGGCCAAAGUUUGGAAGAUUGCUCUGAAUGUUGCAGGAAAAGGUGAUAGUUUGGCAUCAUGGGAUGGUGUUUUAGACCUGCCAGAACAGAAUAUUAUUCACAAAGAUUGCCUACAGUUUAUUGACCAGCUUUCAGUGCCAGAGGAAAAGGCAGCAGAAAUACUUUUGGAUGUUGAAUCUGUAAUCACCUUUUAUUGUAAAUCACGUAACAUUAAAUAUAGCACAUUCCUUAGCUGGAUACAUUUACUCAAACCAUUGGUGCAUCUUCAACUGCCACGCAGCGAUUUAUACAACUGCUUUUAUGCUAUCAUGAAUAAGUACAUUCCCAGGGAUUGUUCCCUGAAGGGGAGACCGUUUCAUCUCUUCCGAUUACUCAUCCAAUACCAUGAACCUGAGCUUUGUUCUUUUCUUGAUACAAAGAAAAUUACUCCAGACUCCUAUGCACUCAACUGGCUUGGAAGCCUUUUUGCAUGUUACUGUUCCAUUGAAGUCACUCAGGCAAUAUGGGAUGGAUAUCUACAACAAGCAGAUCCAUUUUUUAUUUAUUUCUUAAUGUUAAUUAUCCUUGUUAAUGCAAAAGAAGUUAUUUUAACACAAGAGUUAGACAGCAAAGAAGAAGUUAUCCAGUUCUUGGAAAAUACUCCAUCCAGUUUGAAUCUAGAAGAUAUAGAAGACCUUUUCUCUCUGGCUCAGUAUUAUUGCAGUAAAACACCAGCUUCUUUUAGGAAGGAUAAUCACCACCUCUUUGGCAGUACUUUGCUGGGAAUUAAGGAUGAUGACGCAGAUCUAAGUCAGGCUCUUUGUCUGGCUGUCUCAGUGUCAGAGAUCCUUCAAGCAAAUCAGCUGCACAGGGAAGGAGUCCGCUUUUUUGUGGUGGAUUGUCGUCCUGCAGAACAGUAUAAUGCUGGGCAUUUAUCAACUGCUUUUCAUUUGGAUUCAGAUCUGAUGCUCCAGAAUCCAUCUGAGUUUGCACAGUCAGUUAAAUCCUUGCUGGAAGCUCAGAAGCAGUCCAUUGAGUCUGGCUCCAUAGCUGGUGGGGAGCACCUCUGUUUUAUGGGCAGUGGCAGGGAGGAAGAAGACAUGUAUAUGAACAUGGUCCUGGCGCACUUUUUGCAGAAAAACAAAGAAUAUGUGAGUAUUGCCAGUGGAGGAUUUAUGGCACUGCAGCAACACUUGGCUGACAUAAAUGUAGAUGGACCAGAAAAUGGAUAUGGCCACUGGAUUGCUAGUACUUCAGGCUCAAGGAGCAGCAUCAUUUCUUGUGUUGAUGAUGACUCUUCUAAUGGCUCAAAUGAUAGAGGAAUGAAAUCACUAGUAAAUAAAAUGACUGUGGCUUUGAAGACAAAAUCUGUUAAUGUCAGGGAAAAAGUUAUAAGUUUUAUUGAGAAUACAUCCACUCCUGUGGACAGAAUGUCUUUCAAUCUUCCUUGGCCAGACAGAUCAUGUACAGAGCGGCAUGUGAGCAGCAGUGACAGAGUGGGCAAGCCUUACCGUGGUGUGAAGCCUGUUUUCAGCAUUGGGGAUGAAGAAGAAUACGACACAGAUGAAAUUGACAGUUCUUCAAUGUCAGAUGAUGAUAGAAAAGAGGUUGUAAACAUUCAGACUUGGAUAAACAAGCCAGACGUCAAACAUCAUUUUCCAUGUAAAGAAGUGAAAGAAAGUGGACACAUGUUUCCUAGUCAUCUGUUGGUUACUGCAACACAUAUGUACUGUUUAAGGGAGAUUCUUUCACGGAAAGGAUUGGCUUAUAUACAGUCUCGACAAGCACUUAAUUCUGUAGUUAAAAUUACAUCCAAAAAAAAACAUCCUGAGCUAAUUACCUUCAAGUAUGGAAAUAGCAGUGCUUCAGGAAUAGAAAUCUUGGCAAUUGAAAGGUAUUUGAUUCCAAAUGCAGGGGAUGCUACCAAAGCCAUAAAACAACAGAUCAUGAAAGUUUUGGAUGCUUUGGAAAGUUAAUAUAAAAUAAAAUUAUUUAAAAGAAGUUAAGGCAACCAAGAGAAACAUGGACAUAAAUACUUCCUGACUGAAUACUAACUGGAGACCUUUGAUUUGCUUGUGGGGAAUGCUUGAAAAGCUGGUCUAAGAAAGUGUAAAUUGUUGUAAUCAAUCUCUGGACAGUUAAAACUUUUACAAAUUU